AUGCCACUCGUGUCCCGUGUCGACGGCGAGACGACGCUCAAGGCCGCGAUCGGCAACCGCAACAAGAACCACCGCGAGCGGUACUUGAGCCAGCUCUCGACCGCGCCGUCGUCGCGCCUCUCGAUCCCGAGUCCCAUCAAAGAAGACGAAACCAUGCCGUCGCCGGAGAAGCCGACCCAUCAUGAUGACGACGGACUCUCGUCGUCGCCGUCGACAGAUGCCAUGGAGCAUCUCCGAGCCGCGCUGGCGACGCACAAGCACGAAAUCGGGCGCCUCACCCACACCGUCAAGACGCUCAGCACCGAGAACGCCAAGCUGCGUCAGGAUGUCCAGAGCACCGAGGGAUUGGCCGACGAGAACAAGCGAUUGACGCAGACGAUGGAGAGCUUCAAACUCGAGUACAACCAAAAGUUUGCUGUGCUGAAGCGCGCGCUGGAAGAGUGGCGUCGUCAGCAGCAGCGCCAAGACGCCAAGCCAUCACCCAUAGACGUGGAAGAUUCCCCGCUCGUCGCUGAGCUCCGUGCCGAGCUGGACGCGGCGCAGCGCACUGCCCAAGAAAAGGACGUGCUGCUCAAAAAAUACGAAGCGUGGUUCAACUCGUUAAAAGCCUCGGCCAAAGCCAAGCAACAGACCCGCGGUGUGGAUACCCAAGGCAACCGGACGCCCGCGUCAGCCUUUGCCCAGCCGCCGCUGCCGCCCCGACCGCCGUCCACGCAGCAACAGGAGCUCUAG